UUUUUGCACUAAAUUUUUUAAUCUAUGUGUAUUUUAUACUUGUGAAUAUGGACUGGCCGUAUGUCAAGUACUUCACAGGCACGUGUGGCCAGUGGCUACCUUACUAGACAGUGUAGGCCUAGAGGUUAGCUCAGGAGUGACCUACCUCAGGCCUCCUGUGUUCCAUUCUCAAACUCUAUGGCUAUCAGUUAGUUAUCUUUCUAAAAAAUAACACUAAUAGUGCCACUUCCCAGCUUAAAAGAUGUCUGAUAUCGUCUGCCCUUGUAGGACAAAGUCUGAACACCCUGGCAUGAUUUAAGAAGCCCUUCACAAUCCUACCCCCAUUUUCCGUUUAAAGUGUUCUCUCCUCUCCCUUUCCAAGAUGUGGCCACAAUGACAGAAACUGCUGGGUUACUCAGCAGGCUUUUCCAUCUCCUUGCAUUUUUUUUUUCUCUCCCCUUAGGGGAUCUCCUUGAAGAUUCAUUGUCUCAUCCACUCAAGGAGUGCUACUAAAUGUGAGGCAGCCUGUGGGGCGUUGAACCCAUAACAAAGGACUAUUAGGAACCUUCUUUGAUCAACCCUAACCUCUCCCUCAACCCCAGCCUCCAUCUGCUCUAGGUUUAGCCCUAUCACCCAGCUGAGUGGUUUAUUCACGUGUCCUCCCACACAAACCGUGGAAUGAGAAUUCUUGGCCAUUUCUUCAACUCCUGCCACAUUGUAAAUGCUCAAUAAACCAAACAAGAGGUGAAUGACCAGUCAACCCCCGACUUUCUCAUCUGAGAAACUAAAACACGGAACAGGGAGGGUUGUGGGGAACAUCCGGCCUGAUGUCCUAAUGCAGGCCUUCCCGAGUCCUCCGGUGCGCUAGGAUCCCCAUACAACCUGGAGAAGGGCCCCGUCGGACCCAGCGAGGCAUUAAUUUAGGCAAGCCUCCCGACUCCCCACGUCCACUUUGUCCCUGCCCUCGUGGCCCGGAAGGACCCGGGAGCAAAAGGGACAAGCAAAAGUGGGGCGGCGCUGGCACGGGCGCUCAGGAUAAGGGGCCUUCCAUCCAGGGAUACAGAAGACCUCACGUGGAAGCAGCAGCUCCGAGGUAGGUGAGCGGUGGCAUCGCAGGAACUACAAAUCCCAAGGGGCGUCGAGGGACAAGGCGGAAGGGACGGUCUUAGGCGGGGCCCGCGGGAGCGAGGCGGAGCAAGGCAGGAGGGGCGGGAGGACCACGCUCCGGCUGCAGGCGCUGCGCGCGGGAGACCAUGUCCGGGGGCAGCAGCUGCAGCCAGACCCCUAGCCGGGCCAUUCCCGCCACUCGCCGGGUGGUCCUCAGUGACGGCGUGCAGCUGCCGCCCGGAGACUACAGUACCACCCCCGGCGGCACGCUCUUCAGCACCACCCCGGGAGGUACUAGGAUCAUCUACGACCGGAAGUUCCUCAUGGAGUGUCGGAACUCACCUGUGACCAAAACACCCCCGAGAGACCUGCCCACCAUUCCCGGGGUCACGAGCCCUGCCAGCAAUGAGCCCCCCACAGAAGCCAGCCAGAACCACCUGCGCAACAGCCCGGAAGAUAAGCCUGCAGGUGGUGAAGAAUCACAAUUUGAGAUGGACAUUUAAAGGACCAGCCAUCGGAUUGAACAAUGCCUCUGGGUACCUCUGGCCCUUCUCGGGAGAAGAAUCACACCAGCCAGGCCUUAUGAAAGUUAUCAACCUGGGCAGGCGUUGAUUGGGGGUGGGCUCAGCCACCCCAGUCCUCUGCUGCCUCACUCAGGGCACUUGCUCCCCCUUCUCCGUGAACACCAGCAGAUACCUCCAUGUGCCUCCAUUCAUGCAGGAGCUGCCACCCCAAGGGGAGUGACUCUCAAGAGCACACCCUGCAGCCCAGGGCCAAGAAGUGGACAUGAGAAGCCCUUCUGAAUGAUCAUCUGGCUCUUCCAGCCUCAUCCUCUGGGGGCGCACCCUCCCCUUCCUUAGGUUGGUAUGCGUGGGAAAUCCCCCUACCCCUCCUUCCCCAACAGAGGAAAUAAAAGCCACCUUCGCUCUAGGGCCAAGA